CCGAACUCAGUACAACCGGGCCUUCAGGUGCAACUGUAUCAUCUCGUUCCGUCGCGUGGUUGUAACCGCCCGUGAUCAUAGUUUUAAAAAUAUAAACAUGCCUUGUCUAGUUUGGUGUCCGCGAUUGACAGUAGUGUCGAUUCUAGUGAUUGCCCUGACACAAACAGUUCAUGGUAAUCCUACCGGCUUGAGCCGAUUUCAACAGUUGUUUCGGAACCAAUCGACGCCAGUUGAUCUGGACGCGUUCCCUGGCGAACUUUGUUUAAGGAAAUGUGACAACACUAAGCCCCGCGUUUGUUAUUUCAAGUGGACUCUGGAGCAUUAUCACGCAAUGGGACCGGCCUGCAAAAAGUGCUCGAAAGAAAAUCGAGCUGAUUGCUAUCACCACGCCUGCCUGACGGCGGACGGUAUAGAGCGCGGCGUGAUGGCAAUAAACCGGCAGAUCCCAGGUCCGGCCCUCCAGGUGUGCAAAGAUGAUCUGAUUGUGAUUGACAUGACCAAUGCAAUGGGCGGCACUGCUUCAGCGAUGCAUUGGCACGGACUGCACCAACGGGAUACGCCCUACAUGGACGGUGUGCCAUUCAUUACCCAGUGUCCUAUCGAUUUUAUGAGCACCUUCCGGUAUGCAUUCUGGGCUACCCAGCCGGGGACGCAGUUCUACCAUUCGCACAGUGGACAUCACAAAGUAAACGGUCACUACGGUGCAAUGAUAAUACGGGAACCGGAAACCAAUGACCCAAAUGCGGCACUGUAUGAUUUCGAUCUACCAGAACAUACGAUGGUGGUGUCUGAUUGGAUGCACGAAGAUGGGGAAAUGUUUAUGCCGGGUCUGCCAUCAGGCGGCGGAAUCUUACCGGUUAAUAUUUUAAUUAACGGCAGGGGCACGUUCACCUCGGCCAAUGGCACCCGAACAAGUGUUCCCCAGGAGGUGUUUCGGGUUCGCAAGGGAGGCCGCUAUCGUUUUCGUUUCAUCAAUGCAGCUAGCCACGUGUGCCCGCUUGAGCUGCAGCUAUCGAACCACACUCUUGAGAUAAUCGCUAGCGAUUCCUACCAUCUGCAGAACGUCACCGUCAACACGCUUAUCUCGACCUCCGGGGAGCGAUAUGACUUUGUUGUGCAUGCUGACCAAAGAACUGAUGACUACUGGCUUCGCGUAAGAGCCAUUGGACCUUGUGAACCUAGGAAAAUUGAGCAGCUUGCCGUGCUCUCGUAUCAACCACUGACCAUCCCGGAAGAGGAUAUUGCAUUUCCCAGUGAUGAG